AAUGGGGUGGUCGUGUGGUUCCUGGGCUUCCACACAAAGCAGAGUCCUUUCACUGUCUACAUCCUGAAUCUGGCUGUUGCUGACUUCUCCCUGCUCCUUCUGUUUCUCCUGAUUAUGUUGGCUUUUCUGACCUUAGCAACGUUUUGCACGUCUUUGUUUCAUCUUGCUCCUCUCUACAUAGAUUUAGUGUUUGUGGUGGAACUCCUGUGCCACCUGUUUGACCUGAGCAGCCUGGGGCUGCUGGCAGCCCUCAGCGUGGAGCGCUGCGUCUCCGUCCUCUGCCCCAUCUGGUACCGCUGCCACCGCCCCCGGCACCUCUCGGGCGUCGUCAGUGGGGCCCUCUGGACCCUCAUGGGGAUUUUAGUGUCUUCUGCCUACCUCACUUUUACUGAAAAGUUUGAGACUAUCCUUGCAGGUGUUGUCUUUGUGAUUUCCCUGAUUUUGUCCUUCGUGAUGUUGGUUUCCAACCUGCUCCUGUUCCUCAAGCUGCGUUGUGGCUCCCGGAGGCAGCAGCCAGGGAAGCUCUUUGUGGCCAUCCUGCUCAACAUCCUGCUGUUCUUCUUCGCCUUCGGCAUCCCUUUCUGCAUGGAGGUUUUCCUCCAUCUCCCUGAUUCUGGCGCUUUAUUCCCAGAAGACCUCUCCUUGUUGCUGGCCUUGCUGGACUGCACCCUCAACCCGGUGAUUUAUGUGCUGGUGGGCAGCUGCCGGCAGCGCCGCUUCCAGUGUUCCAUCAAAGUCGCUCUGCGGAGGGUGUUUGAGGAGAAAGCUCAGAGUGACGAGGGGAGCCACGGCCCUGGGGACACUGUGGUGGAGGUGACAGCUCUCUGA